AUGGCGGGAGAGGGGCGGUGGCUAGAGCCUGUGAGGGAAGGAUGGUGGGUAUAUGUCACGCCCAGAGCCCCCCUGCGGGAGGGGAGGCGCCGGCUCUCUCAAGAUGGUGGUGGCGGUGGCGCGCCAGCGUACGGAACCCCUUCUCCGUCGCGCCACGGCCGGCGGGAAGUGAGGUUCUCAGAGGAGCCGCCAGAAGUGUACGGCGACUUCAAGCCCCGGGUGAGCAUGGAAAGGCCUCCGGUGGGAAGACGAUACCCGCCAGAAGAGUUCCGGCCUGAUUCUGAGAAAGAGGAAGUGAAAGAAAGCUCUUACUACCUUCGGUCUCGGCAACCGAGGCAGCCACGACCCCAGAAAACCACGGAAAUGAAGACACGAAGGGCCACUCGCCUGCAGCAGCAGCAGCAGCACUCAGAGCAGUCUCUGUUACAGUCGUCUCCGGUUAUGACCAGGAGAGGGUUACGGGACUCUCAUUCCUCUGAAGAGGAUGAGCCAUCUUCCCAAACUGUCUUAAGUCAACCAAUCUCAAAGAAAGCUGUAAGAACACCAGAGGUUCCAGUGGUAAGUGAAGACUCUCUAAAUAACCUGCGUAGACCCCCUCUAAGAAACUCAAGAUCUGAAGCUACCAGUGUCCAACAGAAGGUCAAUUUCUCUGAAGAAGGAGAAACAGAUGAAGACAAUCCAGACAGUUCUAACAGUGAUGUUACUACUGUUAAGGUCAGAUCAGGGGAUUCUAUUGAAUCUGAAGAUGAAACCAUCAGGUCAGCCAGUCAAUAUCCAGAAUCACUUUGGCAGUCACCACAAAGUCGCAACUUCACAACAGCUCAUGAUAAGCAACCGUCAGUGCUGAGCUCAGGAUAUCAAAAAAAUGCUCAGGAGUGGGUCGAACAAACCACAAGAAUAAGGAGUAGGAUGCAAAAUGACAGUGUUCAGAAAUCAGCAUUUGGAAACCAAUCUCCAUCAACCACCAGCCAACAAGUGACUGGACAACCCAAAACUACAAGUUUUCUCAAGAUGAAGUGGAGCUGGCUGCUUUUACUGAUAGUUGCUUUUGCCAUUGGGAGUUUUUGGUCUAGUCGUACUCCUGAGGUAGAAACCACUGCUGUUCAAGAGUUCCAGAACCAGAUGAAACAACUUAUGAAUAAGUACCAAGGUCAAGAUGAGAAGCUGUGGAAAAGGAGCCAAACAUUCCUGGAAAAACAUCUUAAUAGUUCCCAUCCUCGGCCUCAGCCUGCUAUCUUGCUGCUCACUGCUGCCCGAGAUGCUGAAGAAGCACUGAAGUGUCUGAGUGAACAAAUUGCUGAUGCCUAUUCUUCCUUCCGUAGUGUCCGUGCCAUCCGGAUAGAUGGGGCAGGCAAAGCUGCUCAAGACAGUGAUAUUGUCAAAGAAGAGGUGGACCAGAAGCUGAGCAAUGGAUUCAGAAAUGGCCAGAAUGCAGCUGUGGUGCAUCGCUUUGAGUCACUGCCUGCCGGCUCUACUUUGAUCUUCUACAAGUAUUGUGACCAUGAGAAUGCAGCCUUCAAAGAUGUAGCUUUAGUCCUGACUGUCUUAUUGGAGGAGGAGACACUUGGAACCAGUCUAGGCCUAAAAGAAAUUGAAGAAAAAGUGAGGGAUUUCCUCAAAGUCAAGUUCACCAGCUCUGACACACCUAACUCCUACAAUCAUAUGGACCCAGACAAAUUGAGUGGGCUCUGGAGCCGGAUUUCUCACCUAGUCUUGCCUGUGCAACCUGAAAAUGCCCUGAAAAGGGGCAUCUGUUUAUAA